GUUGCGUUCAGGGCAUCGAUGUGUUUGAGCGUGUGAGCUGGAAAGUGGGCUGGAAAGUGAGCUGCGUUCAGGGGAUCUACAUGCUUGAGAGUGCAGUAAGGUGCUGACAUGGCUGCUCCUCCAGGACAGCCACCUUCUUCUCCGCGAUAUCCUCCUCUUUUCCUCCUCCUCCUCCUCCUCUUCCUCUCCUCCCUUCCUCCCCUCCUCUCCCGCCCUCUCAUCCCUCAUCCCUCUAUUAACGUGGCGGUGGUGUUCUGUGGCUCUGCUUACCAGAAUGAAGUCAGGGGUCAUUUGAGCAGAGAGGACUUCGCUGAUCUUCCCCUAGAGGUGAACCCGGUCACUGUUCUGGUUAACGACACCAACCCUCGCGCCCUGCUGACACGUCUCUGUGAAACCAUGGCGACAGAGAAACUGCAUGGGGUCGUGUUCGAGGACGAUGUGGGAUCAGGAGCUGGACAUCAGGUGGCAGAAGUGGCUCAGAUCCUAGACUUCCUGUCGACUCAGACAGCUCUGCCCAUCGUUGGCAUCAGUGGAGGAUCUACCGUUGUCAUACCUCACAAGGGUUCCUUCAAGACUGCUCUGAUGUCCAAAAGAUUUCAAGUCAACAUUUCUUGAUAUGAAACUUUUAAGUUGCAUGUAUUUAUUUACACUGGCCAUUCUAAAAUGUAUUUUUGGUUUCUAUGCCUUUAGUUUUCCAUGUGGACCAAUUUAUGGGUGAAUUCUGACAAGCCAUACAAGAAUUGUAACAUGGGGUUGUGUUUUUAGGGAGUAAUAUUGGUUCUUGUAGAAUACGUUUCAUUUUCUUCCAUAUUGUUGUAGUGUUCUUAACGAUGACGUGGUCAAUGUUCUUAGCUUUAUCCUUUGAAAAUAGACAAGUGAAAAGUUCUGGGGAUGAGCAUGCUCAUCUUAAAUAUGCACCCAUGGUUCCUCUUUAGUGCAUUUAACAAUAUGUCACAAGUAAAAGCCUUGGGUGGCGAGUUGAUACAAUUCCAAGUCCGGAAGGUUAAAACCACCAGCACCUCUUCUCCGGGCCAUAACUCUCCCA